AUGGUGGUUGGUCCUAUUUCUAAUCUGCGAGAUGACGCUCUCAAGGAUGAUACGUUAAAUCAUAUUCGAAAAGAAUACUUAGAGUCAAAGAAACAAAUAUCAAAUCUGCUUUCGCAGGAGACAAAUACAAAUGAAUUUUCUAGAAAACCUUACCCAAAUAGCUCUCCAAUUCGGAAAUUUGAUCAUUUUGCUAAUGAGCGCCCAACAACCAUUGAUGCAAAACUUCGAGAGCAGUUACGAACUGGGGCUUCCGAUGUAGCUAUAGAACAAAGUUUACGUACAAAUUCUGAUGAAUCCAGGAAUCAAAUGAUAUAUGAUGAUAUGAAGGUCAUGAAGAGAAUAAUUGACGGGCAACAAGAGAGCAUAAGAGAAUUGAGAAGGGCGUUAGAGCAAGAAAGAUAUAUGAACUCAGAGUUACAAAGAAAAUAUAAUGAGAUGGAGAGGAGAUUUGAUAGGUUAGAGUGGUUUAUUAAUAGUCACGAUAAAUUCCAAGCAUAUCAGGACAUCAGAUCAAAUACCACUAAGAAGGAUUUCUCGGAUCCGAUAUUUAACAAUGGUUUAAAAAGACGAUGGGAUGAAUAUCCUAUAAGGUCAUUUGAACCAGACACGAAUAUUAAUCGAAACAAUAGAAUUUUCUCCAAUUAUGAUGAUAGCACUACAAGAUUAAUGCAAAUAACGGAUCCACAUUACAGAAGUGUUGGUUAA